CAGUGAGCGACACUGACUCUGAGACUUGCUGUAAGCAGCCGUCUUUGUUUUGGUCUUUUCUCUCUGUGGCAGUUCCUGACCUUCUGACAGAUUUCACCAUGCGGCCUCUGAAAUCCUGGCAGCAGAUGAGGCCCUCUGAUUGGUCCAACCUGACCCUUCACCUGGAGGAGUCCUUAACGGGUGCUCUGGGUCACUAUCUUGACAACUGGAGGCAUAACAUUACAGCCGCAGCCAAUGCUUUGGACAAGACACUGGCUGAGGAGAACUUCAGGGACGUCCUCUGGUAUCUGGCCGUGAUGAUCGGCAUGUUUGCCUUCAUUAUUGUGGCCAUCCUGGUGAGCACAGUCAAGUCCAAGAGGAGGGAGCACUCGAAUGACCCGUACCACCAGUACAUCGAGGAGGACUGGACGGCUCAGAUACAGCAGGGCGGGGUGAUCUCUAACUUUGGAGUUUAAUUACGCACGUUGAUGCUCAACUCACUGCAAAAAACACCAUUAUCAUCGAUUACAGAGGCAGCAGGAAGUCUUAAUGUAUCACA